CGACAUGAACAUGGAAGAGUUACACAUAGCUGCUGCAGCCUACUACAACAAUUCCUCCUGGCAACUUCAGCAGCUAGCGAACGACUUCUUCCGCUCAAUGGACAUGAAUAGGGAUGGCCUUGCUAGCCUCAAUGAGUUCGUGGAUUUCUUCAGGCAAUGCGGCUACCACUGGAUCGACCCCAACUUUUUCCGUAGCUUGGACCGCAACAGGGACGGUAGCUUGGAUUUCAAUGAAGUCCUGACGUUGUACUACAUCAUGAAAACCCGGGGCGUGUGGUGCAAUCAAUGCAGAGCAUGCCUUAUGGGACUCUAUUUCACAUGCGUCACGUGCUUUGACAGCGCCGACAACACCUACGAUCUCUGCGCUACUUGCUAUAGUGCACGGAGUUUCCGCCACCACCACCCAACCUUCUUGGAUACCUUCGUCUUGCUACGCUCCAAGAGAGGGCUUCCUCCCGGUGUAGCAAAUCCCAAUCCGGCAUUAGUUCCACAGCCUUAUGCUGCAAAUGCACCUCGAAAGAAUAUAUGGUGGACCGCAUUUCAAGCAUUGGAGACGGCGCUUAGUGUCGGUAAUAUUUUUGCUAGUUGUAGCAUCAUGUGAUCGAGGUGAUCA